AUGGACAUCAUCGAGUACCUGGAAUCCCUCCCGACAGUAAAGGUUGCACCCCUGUACACCAGUUCCAUCAUCUGCCGGGUAAUCCUGCAGCACCUGCCCCCGCUAGCUGCUCAGUAUGUUGCACGGCUGCUCUUGGUGCCGGAGGGGACAUCUGAAGCUUUAAUCUCGUCGUGGCCCACGCGGGAGGCUGCCACUGCCCAUGAGGUUGCGCUGGAGACACUGGUGCGGCUCAACCUGUUCCAAGGCUACCGCGACAAGCUCGGACAGCAGCUGUACAGGCUGCACGAUGCUUUCCGGGACCACAUCUGCGCCUCUGGCUCGGCCAGGACCCUGGACGUGCCUGGUCUCCUGGUAGCCCUGGGCCUGAUGUCCAACGACGGCCCUCAUCACCAGCCCCGGAUCACCGAGGCUGGCUUCAAGUACCUGCUCCUCGACACCUUUCAGCAGCUCUGGACGCUGCUACGGCAGUAUGCGGCGCAGGUGGAGGGAACAGAGGCGAGCCUCGCCGUCGUCUUGGAGUUUUUGCUGCAGCUGGGCAGCCUGGGGUGUCGGCCCCUGGUCCUGCAAGAACUUCCCCCCGUGGAGCAGGGGCUCGCACUGGACAUGUGCCAGCUGGGUCUGCUCAUGCCCUCCCAGCAUGGCACCACCCGCCUGCUGCUGGCGACGCCCUUGGCCAGGGUGCUGGCGGAGGGCGGCACGCAGCCCUCGGGUACCCGCGGCUUUGUCAUCGUCGAGACUAAUUUCAGGGUGUACGCCUACACCUCCUCAGCGGUGCAGCAGGCUAUCCUUCAGUUCUUCGUGCGCUGCGACGUGCUGCUGCCCAAUCUGUUUGUGGGCAGCAUCACGCGCGAGAGCGUGCUGGAGGCCCUGGAAAGCGGGGCCACGGGCGACCAGAUCGUGGCCUACCUGCGCCAGCACGCCCACCCCCGCGUGGAGGCCCGGGUGCCCACCGUGCCCGGGGUGGUGACCGACCAGAUCCGACUGUGGGAUAAGGAGCUGCGGCGACUGCAGGCCACGCGCAGCGUCCUCUACAGCAAUUUUGAGUCGGCCGACCUGUUUCGACGUUUUGCGGAGGCGGUGCGGCACCUGGCCGUAUAUGUGGGCCAGGAGAAGCAGCAGGUGGUGGUGCCUGCGGAGCACCAUGAGCACUGCAAAGCUGAGAUCAAGGCGCUCAAGCUGGAGCUGGGCAUUUAG